CCAGCCAGAGAAGCGUUCUUGGUAUCAGACACAGCCACGCAGGGUUUCAUCUGUUUCAGCCACCUGUAAAGAAUCAGAGGCAAGAUCCCCCAGCUGAUCAAGGAACGUGUCACACUGAGCAUCAAAAGGAGGUGGGUAAGCCUCUCUCUUCAAAAUGUCAAAACAGCCAGCUUCAAAUGUCAGAUCUAUCCAGGCUAAUAUCAACAUCCCAAUGGGAGCACUUUUACCUGGGGCAGGUCAACCACCUAAAAGAAAAGAAUUUACUGAACCUGAUGAGUCUCUUCCAGCUACAUCAGAAGAAGAAAAGAAAAAGAAUUUGCCAGGUGCCAAGAAGCUACCAGGCCCUGCUGUUAACCUGUCAGAGAUACAGAAUAUAAAGAGUGAGCUGAAAUUCGUCCCCAGAGCUGAACAGUAAUGGAUAUGAAAAGGUCUUCAAAAACCAUGUAUGGAGAUACUAAAUAGAUUGUAAUGAAGACAGAUCAUGAAACAAAUUAUAUAUUUAUAAGAAGAUUGUGACUGUCCUAGGUACAAGUCUACAAGAUACUCUAUAAAAUAUCUUUGCAUAUUUAUAUCAACUUUCUUUUUAUCUGUUUUGCUUAAUAUAAAGCACAUGGAUGAUAUAAGUAAAAACAUGUGUGCACAUGCCUGAAAAUGAGUUUGAUCAUAUCAGUAGAGGUAAAUGCAGUACAAUUUUAAAACAGAAUUCAAAUAAACCAUUUUCCAGAAAACAAGUUUUCAUUUUUUUUCUUUUUCUGUUCCAAGGAAUAUGAGAAUAAAUUAUAUGAAAAUGAACACUGUAUGCAGAUGUAGAAUUAAUAUCCAUAUGCAACAGAUAUGACCCAAAGAACACAAUGUCCCAUUGACUUCAAUAGGAACAUUAAGCUCAUGCUUAACCUUAUGCUAUUGAAAUAAAUAGUGUUUAAAUAUGCUUAACAUUGGGUGAAUUGUGUCCAAUAUAUUUUAUAUGUUCUUUAACAGAUAAGGAAUCAUUAUGAAACUAGGUAAAAUAAAAACAGAGACAAACUCACAAGAUUUUGCUGUUCAAGUGCAAAACAAUAAUAACCUUAACACCACUCAGAAUGGUUUACGAAGUGUGUUAAUAUUAUCCUCACGACAAUCACCCUGUGAGGUAGGUGGGGCUGAGAGAGCUCUGACUGACCCAAGGUCAGCUGGCUUCAAGCAGAGGCGUGGGGAAUAAAAGUCCUGCUGCUCUUAACCACCACACCAAACUGGCUCUCUUAGAUAGUAACUUUUUAGAUAGAUAGAUAGAUAGAUAGAUAGAUAGAUAGAUAGAUAGAUAGAUAGAUAGAUAGAUAGAUAGAUAGAUAGAUAGAUAGAUAGAUAGAUAGAUAGAUAGAUAUUAAUAGGAUCCAGUUUUUUUAAAAAUUCAUAAAUCUUUGUUUUAAUUGCCUGUGAAAUUGAGUCUGUUUCUCCCAUUCCUCUUUGCAGAGACAAUCCCCCCUGAGGUGGCUUUUUACUUUUACUUUUUAAAAAGCACAAGAGACCAUCUCAGAUCGCUAAUCUUCAAUCCUAGAGUUUUGACUAAAUUUCAUGGAUUUCAAGGACUCACUUCCUCCAGGUACAUGGGCACAGAACUGCAGAGUAACAGUAAUACCUAAAUCUUUGCCUCUUAAAGAAUAAUGCAGAUUGUUGGAAAAUCUCACAGACUCCCCAAGCCUUGUUCAUUAUUUCUUCUCUGGCGGAAGAAACACAUCCAGUUGUUUAAUGUGCACAGAAUCUUUCUGCCAUUGAUUGAACUACAUAUCAAAUUAUACAUGAUAAACCAGUGUUUUCUUUAUUCUAUUCAAAGGCUGUUUCCUCACAGCCCAUUGUUUCCACCUUUUUCCUGCCUAGGGUGUGUGUUUUGCUGAGUUGCCCCGACAACUCCUCUUCCACAUGCAGUACCAAGUGCUUGCCUUUGGUCGUGAGGUUGCAGGAAAACGUCCAAACAGUCCAAAAAAAAAGUUUCUGAAGGAAGGUUGGGCACUUUCAUCAUCAUAGACUAAAGCAACCAUUCCCUUUUAAUUUUUUUUUUUACUUUGCACAUGUGCAAUCACAUGCAGUUAGUGUUGCAAGCAGGCUUCUAUGGCUGAAUAGAAAUGUGAAGAGGGAAGGGCAAGAGCUUCAGGGGAAGAUCUGAGCAGAGACUGAGAGGAGUAGAAAUGCUUCAAAUUCAGAAAUGCUUCAAAUUCAUGUCGGAAAAUAAAAAAAAGGAACCCACAAUAAAAGAAAAUAUCAAAGCAAGCAUGGUCCAUGUAAUAAUAACAUAAUAAUAAUAAUGUUUGAUUUAUAUACCGCCCUUCAGGACAACUUAAUGCCCACUCAGAGUGGUUUACAAAGUAUGUUAUCAUCAUCCCCAUAAUAAAACACCCUGUGAGGUGGGUGAAGCUGAGAGCGCUCCAGAGAGCCAUGACUAGCCCAAGGUCAUCCAGCUGGCUUCAAGUGGCGGACUGGGGAAUCAAACCCAGUUCUCCAGAUUAGAGUCCUGCACUCUUAACCACUACACCAAACUGGCAGGAAACUCAGGAACUGGCUCUCAGGAUACUCAGGAAGCCCAGCAAAAAAACCAAAAUGCACAUGGUUGGCAAACAAUAACAUGUGCAUGCUUGGGGAAAAGCCACCACAGUUCCAAAGGUGAACUGCACCUCUAAGGACACGCGGAAAUGGCCUAAGGCUUCUGCUUCAAUAAAUUGGUCUCAUAAGCCUACUAUAUUUGCUUAAUGAAGACUUCUGUUUCUUUCUUUUUUGUGUCUUUUUAUUUCAUUAUUUUUGAAAAACAAUGCUUGACAAAAAAAGAACCAAAUCAUAUUACAGAUUCUUAAAUACAUUAAUACAAUAAUAAGCGCAAAACUUAAAUAUGUAGGCCUAGUUAUUCAGUUGUAACAUAUUAUUGCCUGUAUUUAUUUUUACUAAUCUAGUUCAUCUAGGUUCCUUUUGGCAUAAUAAUUUUGGUAUAAGUAUUAUGAUUUGGGUCUACCUUAUGUUUAGAUUGUAGAUCAUUAAUCCUUUCUAAAAGCUCCUUCCUUGCAGCCUGUCAGGUUUUUUGAUAGGUGGCUGAGCUUAUUGUGAUGUCUCUAAGCUUUCCGCUUCUCACCUAAUAAUUGCAGAAGUAUCUUGAUUUUUAUUUUGCCUUUCAUCUAGCAAUUGCUGAAGUACUCUGUCCAACUCACGUAUUGGGUUGGAUCCAGCAAUACAUGAGCAGAAAGGAAGACGUACUUAAAAUUCUGUUUAUGGAAGCAGUAGCACAAGGACUGCAGCAGCACACCACACUUUAAUACAGUUUUUAACAUUGUUCAUAUUGGGCAACGGACUGUUCAAGAGAUGUUUCAUAUGAUUUAACUCUGAAAUUGUUUUAGAAGAAAUAUCUUUUAUGUUAUGCACACAUGAAAAAGGUAGUGGGGAUACAAUCUGUUUCACAACCAGACAGUGAGGAGUAAUUUUAGCACUUCCAUUUGGCACAAGGACCAUUGCUGCUCACACAGAAAUCUUACUUGGGAUCCAAACAUGGUACUCACAAAAAUUACAGAUGACUAGAGGAAGCCCAAAGUUGAUUACAGUUGUGUAAUCAAUAAUCAACUGGAUAUUUUGAAUACCUUUAAGAUGGGCAAUAUCUUUGACUGUAGUAGAUCAAUCCAAGUCAACAUUCUCUGAAGGGCCUUCAUAUCUGGAUCUUACCUUUAGUCUACUAUGUCUAGCUUUUUCCGUUGUUCUCCAAGAGUUCAUGCCUCACGACUUAUACCUUGUAUGGUUGUCAACUACUACAGAAUAUGCCAGAAUUUUAGCUUUUGCUAUAUAGCUUAUGUACACCAAUGUAUGUGCAUUUUAAAGAACCUAAUAGCUAAUUUAAAAACAUAUAAGACAAGAUUCUACACAGUUCCAGCAGAAGGUCUUGAAUACAUAAAGCAGAUAGAAUUUCAGCAAGCUUGCAUUAUAUUUACCCAAAACAAGGCUAGGCUAAGCUGAUGAGAUGUUACCAACUGGUCAGGAGAAACAGGAUAUUUCUGCUUCACCCUCUUUGAGAUUGCCUUUUAUCCCUCUUUCUCUCUUCUUUGAAAUCUUGAGGGCAGUUGCCAAGGCACCCAUGCCUAUGUGGGCCUUCCUGAUUGAACAUUGCCUUUGAUGCAUGUUCCCAACAUGCUUGGAUAUUUUUACCGAUACAAGUUCAUGACACAUGGUAUGAGUUGUUCUCAGUUUUAGUACUCAGAAACUGUCUACUUUGGUAAAUUUCCCUUUUGACCAUUGACAUUUUUCCAUCCAUGAUCUUUAUGUUCCCACCUCUUAAGGGCCUUGAAUCUUGGGUGGUCUUCCUACCUACCAGAUCCGUUUUCUUGAACUCCAUGGUCCAGCUGUAUUCUUAUAUCCAUGAUUAUGCUUAGUUCCAAACCUUUUCCUCUUAAAAGCAAAUACAAUUGAUUGUUAAUUACAGAGAGAGAAAGAGAAAGAGAGAGAGAGAAUGAGAGAGAGAGAGACUUAGUUCCCCUUGGUCCAAUUCCAGUCAUUCAGCAAACAUAGACUUCAGUAGACUCUUGUGGCAUAGUCCAAGAGUUCUAGCACAAAACCUGAAGCGUGGAGGCAUUUCUCCUGUUUUCAAUUAGCAUGUAGAUGCCCAUUGAGCACCCCAGGGAGAUAGGAGCAUCUUAUCCAUGAUCAGAUCCAAUGUGGUUGUGGAAACAUUUAAAUAUCCAGUGAUGUAAUGGAGCUUAAUUGCAUGGGUACUGGUGCUGAAGAAAGAACACAUUAUCCUGUCUUGUCCAUAAGGCUGAGCUAUUUAAAAACAGGAAAAGUGACUCCGAUAAAGCUGGGUGAAUGUCUAAAUAAGUACAAUGGAAGCACUCAAAAUGCAAAUUGAUAUUUAUCCUCAGAAGAAUUUAGAUCAAAUGGAUACCAGGAGAAAUAAAAACUAGUUUUCAAAAGAUCAAUUAAAAUGGAAUAUCCAGGCAUGUUCAGAAGCCUUCAGUGCAGAGAAUCAUUACUUGGAAGGAAGUUCUCAACUUCAGCCAUCCUCUGCACUACAAUUUUCCCCUUACCCCUGUUUUGAUAUAUUUAGGAAAGAAUGGGAAAGGAAGCAAGGAGGGCAGAAACUGACAAAAAGUUGGUGGAACACACAGCAAAGGAAAAACAUAGAGGGCGGUGGUGGUUGCGCUUGGAUCAUAAUAGCAUAAUAAUUUCUAAACAAAUUACUCCCAUAUCUGACAUAUUACCUAUAAUAAUGAAUUAAAAAUGAUUGGCAGAAAGAGAAGAACAGAAUUGCAUCCAGUUUAUUUAUAUAUAUAUAUUAGAUAUUUAGACCCCACUUUUCUCCCCAGAGGGGAAUCAAGCUAAAAGGGCUUACAAUAUGUUCUCCCCUCCUCUGUUUUAGUCUACAAUAGCCCACAGAUGCAGGUGAGUCCAUGAGAGGUUGAUGGCCCAAGGUGACCCAGCGAAUUUCCAUGGCAAUUUGAGUUUUCAAAUCCAGCUCUCCCAGAUCCUAACCUGACAUUCUGACCACUACAACACAGUGGUGACUUCUCUAGCAACUCUUCACUGUUUCCAAUAUUUCUCUGCUGAGGCAUCUCAACUUUGAAUUGUCCUCCCGGUAACUAUUCACCUGGCACCAAAUUUACUAUAUUUUUGGUGCCAGGCAAUGGCCUUUCUACUCACGACAUUCUGUGAUUGUGGCUCUGAUCCUGCACUUGGUUUCAGCUUUACAUUGCCUUAAUUCUGUAUUGACUUAUUUUGACUGAACAUAUCAUAACCCGUCUGGAAUCAAUUCAAAACCUUUUCAUUAGACGAUUGCUUGCCCUACCCAAGGGGACCCCUGCAGCCCUAAUGAGGGCAGAACUUGGUCUGCCUUCAGUUAGAGCUAGGGUUCAUUUGGCCAUACUUAAAUUCUGGAGCAAGGGUAAUACUGUUAUUACCAACACUUUCAGCAAGCAAUGCUUUCAGCUGAUGACACACAGUGACUCACCCUGGGCAGCUUGCUACAAUAACAUUCUUGUUCAUUAUACCAUUCCAGAUGAUUUGUUGGGGGUCUUAAAUAAUGGCCCCAACUUACAAAAUUGGGUCUACAGAUGUGAUGCUUUCUUGGACAGUCUUACAAUUUCCCUGUCCAGAUCUUCCCGUUGGUUUAAACUGAUCAAAAGAGAUCGUGUUAGAUCUCCUUAUUUAGUGAAUAUCACAUCCCAAAAUCUCAGAAAAUCAUUUACCUCCCUGCGCUUUCAAACAAUGCCGACAGCUUUACUUACAGGGAGAUACCAUCAAACCCCAAUGGCUCUCCGUCUCUGCAUAUGCGGUGCCUCAGUUCCUGAGGAUCUUCUACAUUACACCUUAUAUUGUUCCAUGUAUGCAGUGGUUAGAGCUAAAUUUCUCGCCAACUUAUUAGUGGGGCGUAACUUUACUUCUGAUAUUGACAAAUUAAUUUUUUUUGUUAUCUGAUACUGAUUCUUUUGUCACUAGCAGAGUAUCCCCGUUUGCCUUAGCUGCAAAAAAGAUUAGGGCCAAGAUUGUUUCCUCAGAAACCUAACUUUUCUUAUAACUGUCUGGUAUUUAUUAAGGUCCCAUUUUAAUUGUAUUCUAUUUUUAUUAUUUUAAUAACUGUAUUUUAUGCUUGUAAGAUUUCUAUUUUUGCUGUUUUUAACUUUGUAUUGUGACGGCCUUUGGCCAUAUACAAUUAAACCUUCUUACUUCUUGACUACA